AUGAUGGUCAGACCCGAUCCAAUUAACAUGGUCAAUCGCGUGCGCCGGACCCUGAACAACGCGAUCAGGGAUGAGAAUUUCUACAUGGCUCAUCAAUUGUACAAGUCGCUGUAUUCCAGAUACAUAAGCAUGCAUAACAAAGACGCUGCCAUAAUGACACUUCAGGAAGGAAUUAUUGUCCUGUACGAUAAUCAUCAAGUUGGAAUUGCUACUGAUUUAGCACAACUGUUUGCAAAAUCCUUGUCAGCGCAGCAUAUCAUUCCUUCUGAACAAAUGUUUGAUUUCAUAAGAGAUAUAUUCAGAAAAUUUGGUCCGUCACUAUCUGCAGAACGAGAUUCCAUGUUGAAUCCAAUCAUACAGUGGACAAUUGAACAUUGUCCAGAAUACUCAAUGGGACACCCAGAUUUACAUAAACGUAUAGGAUAUAUCUAUUGGUCAGAGGCUAACUUUGAGUUAGCACAGCAUCAUUAUUUGAGAUCAACAGAUGGUUUGGCAUUUGCAGCUAUGUUGGUAGAAAUGCAUAAAACACGAGGAUUAAAAUAUGAAGUUGAUUUAUUUAUAACACAAGUUGUACUGCAAGGGUUGUGUAUGCGUAACACAUCAAUUGCACAGUCAACAUUUCAGUCAUAUACUAAGUUACAUCCUGCUAUAAAUGAUGAACCACCAUACAUUUUGCCUUUACUCAAUUUCAUUUGUUAUUUACUAAAAAUAUUAGAUGGAGGAAAGCUAAAAACUUAUAUAGUACUUUGUGAGCAAUAUCAAUCAUCUUUGACCAGGGAUCCGAGCUACACUGAAUAUUUAGAUAAAAUUGGGCAACUAUUCUUCCACGUCAAGCCAUUUGAAAGGAGACCUAGACAACAUGGAAUUUUAGGUAAUUUGAUCAGUACACUAUUUGGUGACUGUGAUCAUGAUGGAGAACCACGUGCCUCAUCAUCGCGUCCGAUAAAUGUAGAACCUCUCGAUUAA